AUGGCCGAAAUCCCUGUUGGCGCACGUGGCGAUUGCCACGUGUGGGGCUACUUCUCCGUCGUCGCCGACGGCGGCGUGCACGAGUUUGCCGACUCGCAGUUUGGCCACGUCUUUGCGACGGGCGAGACGCGCGAGGAGGCGCGCAAGGCGCUCGUCCUCGCGCUCAAGGAGCUCUUCAUCAUGGGCGACAUCCGCACGACGGUCGAGUACCUCGGCGAGCUGCUCAACACGCCAGAGUUCAAGGACAACACGCUCGACACCGCGUGGCUCGACGGCCUGAUCGCCGCAAAGUCGGUCUCAGUCGAGGUUGAGCCGCAGUCUGCUGUCAUCAACGCCGCCGUCUACCGCGGCCACAAGCUCAUCGCCGACAACAUCGCCGGCUUCAAGGAGUCGCUCGACAAGGGGCAGCUCUCGACGCUGGCGCUGCGCGAGAUGCAGGGCAUGCCGCUCGAGCUCACCUACCAGGACGUCAAGUACUCCUUCACCGUCACACCAAAGGCGCCGGACGCCUUUGACCUCGUCCUCUCGAGCACGGGCCAGCACAUCGAGGCGCUCCCUAGACACUUCCUAGGCACUUCCUAG